GACACACAGAUCUGUGAUCAUAAAAUUCAGAAAACAUGGCACAAGCAGAAGCAAGCACCGAGAUUAGAUUAAAGCUUCUGAUAAACAAAAAAACCCAGAAAGUAAUAUUCGCGGAAGCAGGAAAAGACUUCAUAGAUUUCAUUUUCAGUCUUAUUCGGCUGCCACUAAAUGGUGUCAUUCGGCUCCUCCUCCCCCACCAAUCCAUGGUGGGCUGCGCCGCCAACCUCUACCGCAGCUUCGAUUCAUUGGGCCAAACCUACGUUCAACCCAAUCUUAACAAGGACUACGUCCUUAAGCCCAACCCGACGGCUGCCCCGCCCCUGCUAUUGCCGGACGAGGCAGCAGCCGAGGCCCGGCCCACCAAGAAUUUGUACACCUGUGGGAGUUGUUACGGGGGCAAGUACGUGUCAGAGGAACAGGGGACCAAGUGUCCUAACUGUCGGAACUCUAUGAAUACGGACGUGCGUUACGUUGGGCCGACCGUCGAAGGAGGAGGAGGGUACGUGAAGGGAUCAGUCACGUACAUGGUGAUGGAUGAUUUGUCAGUGUCGCCGCUGUCGAUGGUUUCCACCAUUGCCGUCCUCAACGCCUCAAAUGUGGGAGAGUUUGAGGUCCUUGAGGCUAAGGAAGUUUAUUUCGGCACUGAUGAGGGCGUAAAAUUGUUGAAGGGUUCUUUGUGCUCCAAUGCGGCUCUCACAUACGUCUACCUUGGAAAGAAGUUUGUCAAUGAUGAAGCGAGUAAUGGCGAAUGUGUGGUUGAGAAGCCUUGGCUUAAUGGUGCUCACUCGAGAGGAGACAAUACCGAAUAAAUUUGUCUCUCUCUACUAUUGUUCUACUUUCCCCUCAUCUUUACUUUUAUUUCUUACUUGCUUGUUUUUACUUUUACAGAGCUAACCAAGAUGCCAAAGGAAUAAGAGCACCAAUUGUCGGAGAGACAGAAGAAAAUAAUUUGUGCAACCAUAUGUGCAAGAAUACUUUAUUUGAAUAAUAAGAAAUGUCCUCCGAGCUUACUUUGCUUGCUUAAA